AUGGAAAAUCCUCUAGGGGCAAGACGCAGACCUCUUCCUUUUGCCCCAACAAGCAAUUCUGAAGGUGGCUUACUCCAGGUUCCUCGUGUGGGAGCACGGAGUGCUUGGGUAAGAUCCAUUAUCACCGGAGGUUAUCAUCUGGAAUUCGACGAAUAUCCACCUCCACCAAGGUUUAUUCGCACAAGGCUUCCAGCCAACAUCCGAAAACGAGAGGUUUUGACUCUUUAUGUCAACAAUCUUCUUAUGGAAGAGGCCAUCAUACCUGUACCCAUAAAAACUAAAAAAAACAACCAACAAUAAUGUACCUUAUACAACUUAAUAUAUAUGCAAAAGAUACUUAUCAAAUGAAGAUGAAUACAGCCUCCCUCAGAUCGCUUCCCAGCUAGCGAUCAACUUGACAGCAAAAUGUAGAAAAAACAACAACGAGGGAACCGGCUGAUAAUCUCUACAAAAGUAAAUAGAGAGAAUAUAGUGUAAUACAGUUUACAGUAUAAACAUUGCGCAAAUUGAAAUGCACUCACUGGAUUUUGGACAAAUUGAAGCUUGUAAAGUGCCUUCCCCGAUAGUAUGGGGGGCCUAGGGAAAUCCCCUGGAUGUUUUCACUCCAACACAGGACUCCGGGUGAAGUUUGGAAAAAUGGCUUUAAUUCAAUAUUAAAAUGUGUUUAAAAAUAAAUAAAAUAAAUAUAAAUAAGGUCCUACGCGUUUCGUCCCUUUAACAAAAUAGGGACUUCCUCAGGGACCACAAUAUUAAGAAACAAUUUGAUACAAUACAAUCAAAGUACAGCCUAACAAAUCCCCACCCGAAAAGUCCUUUAAAUAGGGCUAAUCCCUCAUCUUAAUUCAGUCACAUGUUAUCCUUAGACUCUCCUCAUUGGUCCUCCAUUAAUAAGGUUCAUCUGUUGCCGAUCGCGGCUCCAAGUGUUCACAGCUGAUUUCGGAAUUGUUCAAUAGUCCUCCGAAAACUACCGGCACGGAAGUGCCAUGCGUUCCGGCUGCGUUGACUAAACCGGAAGUGGCAUGCGUUCCAACCACGUUGACGGACCGGAAGUGAUGUGCGUUCCAACCUCGUUGUUUUGCGUUCCAUUUAUAAUCUGCAAUAUCUGGCCAUAAAAUACAUGUAAAUACUUCCACUCUACCGCUCAAAAAUCACUAUUAAUGUAUUAAUCUUAUAAUUCAUACAAGAAAUACUAUGCUAUUCACCAUAUGAAUUCAAUAACUAUACACAAUCCACUCUAAUAUACCAUAUUGAAUGUGAUUUUAUAAUAUCAAUUAGUUCAUCCCAUAUUUUUAUAUAAAAAUGUGAUUCAUAUUCAAAAUUUAUAAUAAAUUCAUCAAUGUGCUACAUUUGUGUCAAUCAUUAUUUAUUAU